GGUCUCUCCAGCUCUUCAUCCAGCUCAGCCGUGGUGCGUUACACUAAAGACCAGCGUCCCACCACCCUCCCCAUUCAACCCUUCACCUUCCACCACCAGUUCUCCAAGCCGCCCCAGCCCCUGCUUCCCCUGCUGACAGGCUACGUCUCUGGGAUGCAGGUCCGGGGUGGAGGGCCUUCAGGAGGUCUGGAGGGGGGUGAAGGCGCAGACGACCCAGGGGAAGACUCAAUGCGUUGGUGCCAGGGUAGUGGUGGUGGUGGGAUGGUGUCAGCAGUGCCUCCCCUUGGUCCCGGCUCGGUCCGGCCCUCGCCACUGGGUAGCUAUUCCCCUGUCCGCCUCCAGGGGGCAACAUCCAGCUCAGGGAGCUGUUCUACUUGCACCCCCAGCCCCCAGCCGCCUCGUAGCCUCUCCUGCCCCCUCUCCGCCGGGCUCCUGCCCCUCCACCAUACACCUCCACCAGCAGCACCACCGGCGGUUGCCCCUCUGCCACCCACAACUCCACCCCCGAUGUUAGGGGUGAAGCGGGGUGCGGUGCCCCCCAUGUUGCCUCUGGUGCAGGGCCAGGUGCAGGGCCAGGUGCAAGGCCAGGUGCAGGGUCAGUGUCACCACCACCACCACCGUGGGGCCCUGCCCACCCUACCAGCCAUGCCCCAGGACAGUGAGACUUCACUGGGAUACGAGGAGACGUCAGACUCCUUGGAGGGGAGCAGAGGACCAGGGACCAGGACACAACAUGGUAGGUGUCUCUGUCUCAGUGUGGUCUGGUCAGGGGUUUGUACUGUAUGUGGUUGUGUCAGUACGGUUGUUGGAUGGUGGGUUGGCCAGUCCUGUCCCCCUCAUGUCUUCUUUUAAUGUAUUCUACUGGUUUCUUUAAUUCCUACUCACCUCUCAUGGUGAUUCAACAGAUAUACUGUCCUCUCUUAGUGACUGUCUCUCUCUUCUGUCUUUUUCACUUUCCUCAUCCAUAAUCCUUUCUUUUUGUUAUCCUAAUUUCCUUACCAUGUACACUCACCCCAUCUCUCUCUCUCUAUUAUUACCAUGUACACUCACCCCAUCUCUCUCUCUCCAUUCUUACCAUGUACACUCACCCCAUCUCUCUCUCUCUAUUUCAACGUUCCUCUUCCUCUGCCUUCUCCCAUGUAAACUUCAUCUACCUCUCGCUUCUCGUUUAAUCUUGCUUUCCCCAAUCCUCCACAUGAAAACAUACCUUCCACUCUCAUCUUUCCCCAAUCCUCCACAUGAAAACAUACCUUCCUCUCUCAUCUUUCCCCAAUCCUCCACAUGAAAACAUACCUUCCUCUCUCAUCGUUCCCCAAUCCUCCACAUGAAAACAUACCUUCCUCUCUCAUCGUUCCCCAAUCCUCCACAUGAAAACAUACCUUCCACUCUCAUCUUUCCCCAAUCCUCCACAUGAAAACAUACCUUCCACUCUCAUCUUUCCCCAAUCCUCCACAUGAAAACAUACCUUCCACUCUCAUCGUUCCCCCAAUCCUCCACAUGAAAACAUACCUUCCACUCUCAUCUUUCCCCAAUCCUCCACAUGAAAACAUACCUUCCACUCUCAUCUUUCCCCAAUCCUCCACAUGAAAACAUACCUUCCACUCUCAUCUUUCCCCAAUCCUCCACAUGAAAACAUACCUUCCACUCUCAUCGUUCCCCAAUCCUCCACAUGAAAACAUACCUUCCACUCUCAUCUUUCCCCAAUCCUCCACAUGAAAACAUACCUUCCACUCUCAUCGUUCCCCAAUCCUCCACAUGAAAACAUACCUUCCACUCUCAUCUUUCCCCAAUCCUCCACAUGAAAACAUACCUUCCACUCUCAUCUUUCCCCAAUCCUCCACAUGAAAACAUACCUUCCUCUCUCAUAUUCCUCUUUCUACCAUCACCCCUAUCUUUUCUCCUUCUCUUUUCCCACCCACCUCUCUUCUUGUUUCUCCAUGCACCCCUCCAAUCCCCUAUUCCCCCACCUCUCUUCUCGUCUCUCCAUGUCCUCCAUCCCCGUAUCUCCUCCUCCAUCCAUCCUCCCUUACAGGGCACCACCUCUCUCCACAGACUCUGAAAUGGAGGGAGUAUCGUCGAAAGAACCCCUUAGGGGUGGAGAGGUGUUCCUCGGGGGGCUCUGCAGGGUCGGGUGUACCGCCUCUAACAGGCAGUCUGGACGGGAACAGUCGUAGGGGCGGGGCCGGGGGUCAGCGAAUCACACGACGGAACGUGUUUGACUUCCCUCCAGCCUCUAGUGGCUACGCCCUGGGACGACUCAAUGGUGUUCAUAUACUUCUAACCCUGUUGAUCAGGCGCUGUGUGUGUGUGUGUGUUUGUGUGUGUGUGUGUGUGUGUGCGCGUUUGUGUGUGUGUGCGCGUGUGUGUGUGUGCAGGGCCGUGCACAGACAUUUGAGGGGGCAGGUGCUCAAAAUGAAAAAAGGGCAACCACUGAUUUAAUUUUUCCACUUUCAAAAUUCAUAUCUUGAAAUGUAGUGAACAUUUUAUAUUUGUAUUUCUGCAACAACACACUCAUCACAACUUGUAAGCCAGCUAGUUACAGUGCCUCCUAAAUAUAUUAUUGAAAUCAGGAACGGAGGGUAGGCUAUCAGCUGGUCAUUGAUAUUGAUGUAAAUCUGCUCGUUAGCUAGCGUGAUAUUUUUUUUCACUGAUUGUGGUUUAUCUUCAAUACUCUUAAAUAAUAACUUCAUACUAUAGCCUAAUAUUCAUAAUCGUUUAACUCAUGAUAUAUGGCUGGCCUGGCUGGCUAGUGGCUUGUAUGGAUAUUUUAGUAUAUGGUGGUUAGCUAGAGUCUAGAACGUGAGCACGAGAUGGGGGGGUAACCUGGGGAGCUCUGAGGUACCGGAACGCAUGAGAUUUAUUUUUGAAACCUUUAUAUUAAAGCGCUGCAUGCAUAUUAUGGCAUUUGCUAGUGGCAUAGAGCAGUAGAGUAGAGGCACUUACAGAAGUUGCACACACGGGGAACGUUUUUAGUGGCCUAGGGCCUGGAAAAAAAUGGGCCUUUUAUAAACGCAUUUCAUGCAAUUCUACGUCAUUUUACAUGACUUUAAAACAAGUUCACUCAAUAGGCCUAUUUGGAAGUUUAGAGAUUAGAGUCUUCUCUUUUCAGCAGGAGCCAUUUGCUUUUCAAUCUUCCAGUGAUUGUAUUUGAAAUAUUACGAACUUGAUGACAUCACAACAACUCGGGGGCAGUUGGUUCAGAACAAAAACGACAAAAACGGUAUAAAAAUAGUAAAAAUUAUACUACCACCCAAAAGGGCACUUGGCGAGUGGGAUGGCAGGUGCUUGGCUUGACCCCAUCUGUGCACGUGCCUGUGUGUGUGUGUGUGUGUGUGUGUUUAUUCAUGAAUAGUGUCCAAAGACAUAGCUGCCAGUGUGUGUGAUAAGUGUAUGUUGAGGAUGUGGGUGUACUUAUCCUACGUGUGUGUACUUAUCCUAUGUCUGUGUGUAUUUAUCCUAUGUCUGUGUGUACUUAUCCUACGUCUGUGUGUACUUAUCCUACGUCUGUGUGUACUUAUCCUACGUGUGUGUGUACUUAUCCUAUGUCUGUGUGUACUUAUCCUACGUCUGUGUGUACUUAUCCUACGUCUGUGUGUACUUAUCCUAUGUCUGUGUGUACUUAUCCUACGUCUAUGUGUACUUAUCCUAUGUCUGUGUGUACUUAUCCUAUGUCUGUGUGUACUUAUCCUAUGUCUGUGUGUACUUAUCCUAUGUCUGUGUGUACUUAUCCUACGUCUGUGUGUACUUAUCCUACGUCUGUGUGUACUUAUCCUAUGUCUGUGUGUACUUAUCCUACGUCUGUGUGCACUUAUCCUACGUGUGUGUGUGUACUUAUCCUACAUCUGUGUGCACUUAUCCUAUGUCUGUGUGUACUUAUCCUACGUCUGUGUGUACUUAUCCUACGUGUGUGUGUGUACUUAUCCUACGUGUGCGUGUACUUAUCCUACGUGUGCGUGUACUUAUCCUACGUUUGAAUGUACUUAUCCUACGUUUGAGUGUACUUAUCCUACGUUUGAGUGUACUUAUCCUACGUGUGCGUGUACUUAUCCUACGUGUGCAUGUACUUAUCCUACGUGUGCAUGUACUUAUCCUACGUGUGCGUGUACUUAUCCUACGUGUGCGUGUACUUAUCCUACGUGUGCAUGUACUUAUCCUACGUGUGUGUGUUCUCAGGCCAGUCUGUGAAGCAGCUACAGCAGUACUACAGUGACUUCCUGCCAGACUACUUCUCCCUGACCGAGCAUCCUCCAGAAGAGUUCUGUCUCUCUCCGGACGCCUCCUCUUCCUCAUCGUCCUCCUCUUCCUCACAAUCCCACAUCUCUGUGGACCUGAAGCAGAAGAGAGGUGAGACAGCAACUAGGAGUGGUUUAGUAUGUUUCUAUGUGCACUACAUGGUCAAAUGUAAGUGGACACCUGCUCGUCGAAUGUCUCAUUCCAAAAUCAUGGGCAUUAAUAUGGAGUUGGUCCCCCCUAUGCUGCUAUAACAGCCUCCACUCUUCUGAGAAGUCUUUCCACUAGAUGUUGGAACAUUGCUGCGGGGACUUGCUUCCAUUCAGCCACAAGAGCAUUAGUGAGUUCGGGCACUGAUGUUGGGGUUCGAUGGGGUUGAGGUGUUCGAUGGGGUUGAGGUCAGGGCUCUGUGCAGGCCAGUCAAGUUCUUCCACACCGAUCUCGACUAACCAUUUCUGUAUGGACCUCGCUUUGUGCACGGGGGCAUUGUCAUGCUGAAACAGGAAAUGGCCUUCCCCAAACUCUCUCUCUUUCUCUCUCUCUCUCUCUCCCUCGCUAUCUCUCCCUCUCUCUCUCUCUCUCUCCCUCUCUCUCUCUCUCUCCCCCCCCCCUCUCUCUCUCUCUCUGAGUGUGUGGGUGUCUCUAGGUCUUUGAUGUCGGUACUGAAGGGUCCUUCAAUCGAGACCCAUAUGAACUCCCUUUAGUGACUGACUCAGAAGCUUCUGUAGCUAUUAGAAAUAGCAUGUGUCUGUAAUGGAGAAAAAUAAUGUUGACUCCAACCCAUCUUAAAAGCCCUACUGUUAAAUAUGCUGUAAACAACGAAUACAGUAGCAUGCUGUGUGCAUGGUAUUAAACCUUGUUUGUAAACUGAAGUAGAUAGUUAAUGAAGAAAUGUCCCUCUACUUUCAAACCUUGCGAAUUCAAGUUUUCUGCUUGAGGUUGGCCAUUGGGGACUAGCUGAUUAUCACUGUGGAAAGGAGAAAGAGGGUGAUAACCAUCAGAUAAAAGCAGGUGACUGCAGCCUGUAUCAGCCCAUACUUACUGCUGAGAGGCUGUUUGACAUGUGAAGUGCCUCGUAAUCGACUACCUCUUUACAUUCCUCCCCCUUCCUCUCUCUCUCUCUCUCUCUCUCUCUCUCUCUCUCUCUCUCUCUCUCUCUAUCUCUCUAUCUCUCUCUCUCUCUCUCUCUCUCUCUCUCUCUCUCUCUCUCUCUCUCUCUCUCUCUCUCUCAGGUUUAGUCAAAGCCAUUAAUACAGCGGUAGAUUUAAUCGUGGCUCAUUUUGGCACCAGUCGGGACCCUGAUGUGAAGGUAUGCUACUGUGUGAUUUACCCCUAGCGAUACUAUAUAAUACUGUUCUAUGUCAUUCUGUGGAUUUACCUCUCCUUUUGGUUUCUAUAGUAGACUGUUGUUGAUUUUUUACAACGUAAGAAUAUCUCUUUUUUUUUUUAAAUCUCUUUUCAUAAAUAAACUGUAAUGUCAAUGUAUUUUUUCUCCCCCUAUCUCCUCUCUCUUGGUCACUGUCCAUCUCCUCUCUCUUGGUCACUGUCCAUAUCCUCUCUCUUGGUCACUGUCCAUCUCCUCUCUCUUGGUCACUGUCCAUCUCCUCUCUCUUGGUCACUGUCUAUCUCCUCUCUCUUGGUCACUGUCCAUCUCCUCUCUCUUGGUCACUGUCCAUCUCCUCUCUCUUGGUCACUGUCCAUCUCCUCUCUCUUGGUCACUGUCUAUCUCCUCUCUCUUGGUCACUGUCCAUCUCCUCUCUCUUGGUCACUGUCUAUCUCCUCUCUCUUGGUCACUGUCUAUCUCCUCUCUCUUGGUCACUGUAUAUCUCUUAUUUUCUUGUUCUCUUGCUACCGCUCUCUUCUCUGCUCUUCUCCUCCUCUACCUUUUUUCCACUUUCUUCUCCACCCACCCCUCCCCCGCUCUCUCUCCCUUAAAGGCGAAGCUGGGUAACAGUUGGGUGAGUCCCAACGUGGGCCACCUGAUCCUGAAGUACCUGUGUCCGGCUUUAAGGGAGGUGCUGGGGGAUGGGCUGAAGGCCUACGUCCUGGACCUGAUCAUCGGACAGAGACGCAACCAGCCGUGGAGCCUGGUGGAGGCCUCCACACAACUAGGUAAUGGUGAUGAUGAUUAGGCCAUAAGCCCUGGAGCCUGGUGGAGAGAGAGAGAGGGUCGAAACAGCAGGUCGGGACGAGGUAGCACAACCGGUUAACAGGUCAGGGUUCCAUAGCCACCGGCAGAACAGCAGAAACUGGAUAAGCAGAACAACCAGGUGGUCAGGCCAGGUAGUCCUGAGGCAUGGUCCUAGGGCUCAGGUCCUCCGGGAGGGGAGAGAGAGAGAUGGGAGAAUUAGAGGGAGCAUACCUAAGAUAAGACAGGAUAAUUACACCAGAUAUGACAGACUGACCCUAGCCCCCCGGCACAUAGACUAUUGCAGCAUGGAUACUGGAGUCUGAGACAAGGGGGGAUCGGGCGUCACUGUGUCCCUGUCCAAAGUUACCCCCGGACAGGGCCAACCAGGCAGGAUAUAACCACACCCAAUUUGCCAAAGCACAGCUCCCACACCACCAAAGGGUUAUCAACAAACCACUAACUUACUACACUAAGACAAGGGUAUAGCCCACAAAGAUCUCCCCCACCUGCACGAGCCCGAGGACAGGAAGGAUGGGAGAGCGUGAGCAAGCCAGUGACUCAGGUCCCUUGAUAGGGUCAGAGGCAGAGAAUCCCAGUGGAGAGAGGGGUGCCGGCCAGGCAGAGACAGCAAGGGUGGUUUGUCACGCCAGUACCUUGCCAUUCACCUUCGCACCCCUGGGCCAGACUACGCUCAAUCAUAGGACCUACUUUAGAGAUGAGUCUUUAGUAAAGACUUAAAGGUUGAGACUUGAGUCUGCUUCUUUCACAUGGAUCGGCAGACCAUUCUAUUAAAAUGGAGCUCUAUAGGAGAAAGCCCUGCCUCCAGCGGUUUGCUUAGAAAUUCUAGGGACAAUAAGGAGGCCUGCAUCUUGUGACCGUAGCGUACGUGUAGGUAUGUACGGCAGGACCAAAUCGGAGAGAUGCUUUGUAGGUUAGCAGUAAAACCUUGAAAUCAGCCCUAGCCUUAACAGGAAACCAGCGUAGAGAAAAAUGUGAAUUUGAUCUGCCAUGACGACGAGGUCCGAUAGGAAUUCAGGGAACUCAGUGAGGAACGCUGUAUACGGCCCAGGAGGCCUGUAAACACUAGGUAUGUCCGGAGGGACGAGGGAUUUGUUUAGAAAAUGAGGAAAAGUAGAUGAUGAUAUGGAAGAUUCAGAGGAGAAUCAGGUUCAUUUAGAGGAUGGCCCUUAAGUGGAUCAUUAUGAUAAUAUUAUGUUGACAAUGGUCAUAACAACAUAAUUAUUGUGAUCAAUGCUGCAAAGGAAAUGUAGGACUAUAAUACAAGCAACUAACAUAAUCAGGGGUGUAGUGGUGCCUGGAGAAGUGGGUGUGCUCUAAUUUUAGCCAAAGUUUUUCCAAACGGCCCAGUGAAGGAAAGGUGCCCUGUGUGAAAACUUCUAGGAGAAACAGUGACAUGAUAUCAUGAUAUCAUUCUGACAGGUAGGCAUGCGUUCUCCUGUUCUAUUGGUUUUCUUUCAACAUUCUUUCAUUGUCUAGCAGCCAAAUGAAUUAUCUUAAUCAUUAUUAGCAAUCCAUGAUAGUUAUGGCAUCUUUAAUCCCUCCUCUUUCUAACGGAUAUUUAUUUCCAUCUCUGUCCAUGAAACCGCUCGGGAUGUGCGCAGCGCAUUUUAGAAAGGCGUUUUCCCAAAUUGCAUUUUGGAACGUUCACGCAUAGGCCUACUGCCAUUUGGACAUGGCUGCGCCUAAAAUGUGAAGAAAUAAUAAUUUAUCAACAUUCUAAGCUAAACAUUCCGAUCUAUUCCAUCAGCCCUAUUCAUUGAUAUGGCGUACACCUCCUCUACACUACUUUGAUAUACGUAUCAGUGGGGAUUAAGAAGUGAGUAUAGACAAUGCCCACUGAAGAAGAAGUGGGUAUGCUGCGUAUACCUGCGUAUACCCUCCACUACACCUGUAAGGGUUGGGGUGAGGUGUGACCCAGGUGCGGUGCAGGAUAUACAGUAGGAAGUAGGCAGAGACGGUGAAAACAAGGAUCUUUACUGGUGGUCCCGAAGCCAGAAUACAUAAUAAUGGACUUAUCACGAUAAAAGAAAGGCGGAGCAAAUAAGUCUCCAAAAACCGUCUGACAGCCAAAAUACGAAAUACUACCUAAGACUGAAACAAAUAACGAAACAGGGAGAACACUUCUCAAGUACCUGUACAUAGGUCUCCGAUGAGACACUGAGUAGUACUGCUGGACAUAGAGAAACUAGCAGAGAAAACUGAGCAAUGGAACACAGGGAAGCGAGGGCAUAAAUACACAGGUGAACAGGUAGACACAGGUGACACCAAUAGGAUACUGAUUAGUCCAGAAUGUGAGUGAGGAGGUGCCUAAGGUUGUCGGAGAAUGACACCUAGUGGGUCGCUCCGGAACUGCGACCCCCCCUCCUGUAACAUACACCACUGAAAAUAAUAUUACAUUGUCAAGGUAACAUUAUAAUAAAUCAUAAUCCUGACCUCCCUCCAUCCCUCCCUCAGGCCCGUCCACCCGUGUUCUCCACAGCCUGUUCUGCAAGGUGUCCCAGUACUCAGAGUUCACCAGCCACAGCAUGAGACUCAACGCAUUCGUCUUCGGACUGCUCAAGUGAGUACACUACCUCUAUGUUACCUACUUCUAGGAGUCAUCACUAGUAGUCCUGCACUCUGUACCACCUCCACCUCCUGUACACGACUGUAUCUCCCCCUAAAACCUUUUAACAAUAGCCUUCUAAACAACUGGCCAGGCAAGGCUCUGACUCAGGAUUGGUUUCCAAAGCAAUAAUAAAGUAAUACAGCAUAGCUGACUCCUUUCUUGUCCAUCUCUUUUGUGUUUUUUUUUCCCUUUCAGCUUGCGAUCUUUGGAGUUUUGGUUCAAUCACCUCUACACUCAUGAAGGUAUGCACAUCUUUAAGUGUUAAGGGUCAGACGCACUGAGAAAUCUGACUGCCGAUAGGUACAACGUUGCACUUCACUAGCAGGCCUGACCAAGUGAUGAUUUGAUACAAUGUUGCACUUCACUAGCAGGCCUGACCAAGUGAUGAUUUGAUACAAUGUUGCACUUCACUAGCAGGCCUGACCAAGUGAUGAUUUGAUACAAUGUUGCACUUCACUAGCAGGCCUGACCAAGUGAUGAUUUUAUUUAUUUCACCUUUAUUUAACCAGGUAAGCCAGUUGAUAACAAGUUCUCAUUUCCAACUGCGACCUGGCCAAGAUAAAGCAAAGCAGUGCGGUAAAAACAACAACAACACAGAGUUACAUAUGGAAUAAACUAAACGUACAGUCAAUAACACAAUAGAAAAUCUAUAUACAGUGUGUGCAAAUGUAGUAAGUUAUGGAGGUAAGGCAAUAAAUAGGCCAUAGUGCAAAAUAAUUACAAUUUAGUAUUAACACUGGAGUGAUAGAUGUGCAGAAGAUCAUGUGCAAAUAGAGAUACUGGCCUACUACCUACCAGCCAGCUCUAGCCUGGACUAUUGCCGGCCAGUCUGCACCGUCUGCACAGCGCGUUAUCGACCCAGAACAUAUCGGUUUUUCUGCCGGAAUCACUGAAUCACUGGACCUUUAACACCGGAUCAUCGCAACUAGCUAGCUGCAACCAAAUGGAUGUUGUUGUUGGCUAAUCAGCCUUGAGCUAGCCUCGAGCCAGGCCCAUCUCCCGGCUAUCUACCUCUCUGUCAACCAGACGGGACCUCCUAGUGUUGACACGGCGCCCCACCGAUCCAACACGACUGGUCUGCCGACGAAAUCGUCUGAUGUGGUUUUAACAGGCUUCCCGUUACGACGUCCACCACGAAGAUCCAUCUGCUAGCCCAGGCCCGCUAGCACACGCAAGCCGUGGCCUCUUGCUCGCCAGUGCUAUAGCAGCCCCCGAACUAGCUGCGAACUAUCCUAUUGCUGUUCACCGGACCUUAUGAUAACUCAGCUAUACAGCUGAUGUCUGCUGGACGGUUCCUUUAUACGGUACCGCAUCCUGUUUAUGUUUAGCCUCAGCCCAAACUGUGUCGCCAUUACCAGCUUUUGUCUUAGCUCUCUCGAAUAACACCUGUGAUUGCUUUAUGCCUCUCUCCCAUGUCAAUAUGCCUUGCUUAUUGCUGUUUCGGUUAUUUCUUAUUGUACUAUUUCACUGUAGAUCCCCCAGCCCAGCUCAACCUGCCUUAGAUAGCUCCUUUGUCCCACCCCCCAUACACGCGGAGACCGACUCAAUCGGUGCCUCUAGUGAUGCUAUCUCUUUCAUCGUUACCCAACGCUUAGGUUUACCUCCACUGUACUCAUAUCCUUCCAUAUCCUUGUCUGUACAUAAUGCCCUGAAUCUAUUCUACAACGCCCGGAAAUCUGCCCCUUUUUUUCUCUGUACCCAAUGCACUAGAAGACCAGUACUUAAAGCCUUUAGCCGUAUCCUUAUUCUACUCCUCCUCUGUUCCUCUGGUGAUGUAGAGGUUAACCCAGGCCCUGUACCCCCCAGUAUCACUCCUACUCCCCAGGCGUUAUCAUUUGUUGACUUCUGUAACCGUAAAAGCCUUGGUUUCUUGCACGUUAACAUCCGAAGCCUCCUCCCUAAGACCGCGGCAGCUUUCCAAUCUCUGGGGAUCUCAGACGAUACGAAAGAGAGUUUGAACAGGCUAGUAAUAGGGGUUGCGACAAUUUCGGCGGCUAAUUUUAGAAAGAAAGGGUCCAGAUUUUCUAGCCCAGCUGAUUUGUAGGGGUCCAGAUUUUGCAGCUCUUUCAGGACAUCAGCGAUCUGAAUUUGGGUGAAGGAGAAGCGGGGGGGGGGCAUGGGCAAGUUGCAGCGGAGGGUGCAGAGCUGGUGGCCGGGGUAGGGGUAGCCAGGUGGAAAGCAUGGCCAGCCGUAGCAAAAUGCUUAUUGAAAUUCUAGAGUAUCGUAGAUUUAUCGGUAGUGACAGUGUUUCCUAGCCUCAGUGCAGUGGGCAGCUGAAAGGAAGUGCUUUUAUUCUCCAUGGACUUUACAGUGUCCCAAAACUUUUUGGAGUUAGUGCAACAGGAUGCACAUUUCUGUUUGAAAAAGCUAGCCUUUGCUUUCCUAACUGAUUGUGUAUAUUGGAUCCUGAAUUCCCUGAAAAGUUGCAUAUCGCGGGGGCUGUUUGAUGCUAAUGCAGUACGCCACAGGAUGUUUUUGUGCUGGUCAAGGGCAGUCAAGUCUAGGGUGAACCAGGGGCUAUAUCUGUUCUUAGUUCAGAAUUUUUUUGAAUGGGGCAUGCUUAUUUAAGAUGGAGAGGAAAGCACUUUUGAAGAACAUCCAGGCAUCCUCUACUGACGGAAUGAGGUCAAUAUCCAUCCAGGAUACCCUGGCCAGGUCAAUUAGAAAGGCCUGCUCGCUGAAGUGUUUUAGGGAGCGUUUGACAGUGAUGAGGGGUGGUCGUUUGACCGCAGACCCAUUACGGACGCAGGCAAUGAGGCAGUGAUCGCUGAGAUCCUGGUUGAAGACAGCGGAGGUAUAUUUAGAGGGUAAAUUAGUCAGGAUGAUAUCUAUGAGGGUGCCCAUGUUUACAGAUUUAGGGUUGACCUGGUAGGUUCCUUGAUAAUUUGUGUGAGAUUGAGGGCAUCUAGUUUAGAUUGUAGGACAGCCGGGGUGUUAAGCAUAUCCCAGUUUAGGUCACCAAGCAGUACGAACUCUGAGGAUAGAUGGGAGGCAAGCAAUUCACAUAUGGUGUCCAGGGCACAACUGGGGGCUGUGGGGGGUCUGUAGCAAGCGGCAACAGUGAGAGACUUAUUUCUGGAAAGGUGGAUUUUUAGAAGUAGAAGCUCAAACUGUUUGGGCACAGACCUGAAUAGUAUGAUAGAGCUCUGCAGUCUAUCUCUACAGUAGAUUGCAACUCCACCCCCUUUGGCAGUUCUAUCUAGACGGAAAAUGUUAUAGUUCGGGAUGGACAUUUCUGAAUUUUUGGUGGCCUUCCUAAGCCAGGAUUCAGACACUGCUAGAACAUCAGGGUUGGCAGAGUGUGCUAACGCAGUGAAUAACUCAAACUUAGGGAGGAGGCUUCUGAUGUUAACAUGCAAGAAACCAAGGCUUUUACGGUUACAUAAGUCAACAAAUGAUAGCUCCUGGGGAGUAGGAGUGAUACUGGGGGCUACAGGGCCUGGGUUAACCUCUACAUCACCAGAGGAACAGAGGAGGAAUAGAAUAAGGAGACGGCUAAAGGCUUUAAGAACUGGUCUUCUAGUGCGUUGGGUACAGAGAGUAAAGGGGGCAGAUUUCCGGGCGUUAUAGAAUAGAUUCAGGGCAUUAUGUACAGACAAGGAUAUGGAAGGAUAUGAGUACAGUGGAGGUACACCUAAGCAUUGGGUAAUGAUGAAAGAGAUAGCAUCACUGGAGGUACCGAUUGAGACUGCUAUGCCAUCUUAAUAAUAAUAAUAUGCCAUUUAGCAGACGCUUUUAUCCAAAGCGACUUACAGUCAUGUGCGCAUACAUUUUUUUUGUGUAUGGGUGGUCCCGGGGAUCGAACCCACUACCUUGGCGUUACGAGCGCCGUGCUCUACCAGCUGAGCUACAGAGGACCACAGAUCCAAUAUGGUUUUGAUACAAUGUUGCACUUCACUAGCAAUAGCUCAAGUCAAGACAGAUCGAAAGAGAGGCAGACAGGCGGAGUAGAGAGAUGAAUGUGAUUGAAAUAAUCUGAAUUUUUAUCAGCAUAUUUUCUACUGUUUUUAUUUGUCGGCUUUAGGCCUAUGUAUUUUACUUAGUUGACGAUGGAAGUUAUAGUCCUACUGCUGCAUUGGCCUAUAGGCUCUCUCUGAGUUCUACGCUCUCAUUUCUUUAGCCACCAGUGGAUCACAGUGUAUCAAUGUUUCCAUAUGGCAGAGGCUGGUGCUCUCGGCAUAGUUGAAUUUUAACUUUUAGAUUUGUAUCAUUUUACUUCGGAUUUGUAUUAUUAACCACGUGACAAUGAUUUUGAGAAACAAAAACGUUAUUAUUGUAAUGAAACUGUUCCAAGAAAAUGCGCAUAUAAAAAUAAUCAUAACUGGCACGCAGAUCGGUAGAAAUGGUAGGUUAAAUUGUAAGCUUCCCCAAUCUUGACUAUUCUUUACAAUUAAAGCCAUUAAAACGUUUGUGAACAUGCAAGUGCGUGCACACAUAGGAGGUCCUGUGAAAAAACACGCCCCCCCCCCUAUGGCGUUCUGGCGCCGGGUCUACAUCAUGCAUUCAAUAGAACAAAAUGAAAAUGCCAACAGGUGUACAAAUCAAGGUCCCUGUUUUUAAAACGUCAUCCUCCUCUCCUUCAUGUUGGCAAACCUCCCAACCAUUUUGUCGAUAGCACGCUGUGCAGACUGGCCGAUAAUUGUCCAGGCUAGAGCUGGCUGGUAGGUAGUGCAGGCCACGGACAGUGGUGAAGACCGCUAACGGUGGCUAAUAGCAAUAGCUAAUAGCAAGUAGCUAGUUAUCUGGCUAGCUGGCUAGUUUCAGCCGUGGGUUCUUGAUAAAAGGUAUGAAGAAAUAAUAGAAUCCCUCCCAACCAUUUUGUCUUUGUCGAUGUCCAGCUCAGUACAAAGCAAAGUGAGGUCGGAUAGUCUGGCCUCAUUCAUGCACGCAAAUAGCUCUUGAUGAGCUUCAGGCGGCUGAAAUUUAGCUCGGCACUGGUACUGCUGAUGGGAAUGGUUUUGUAGAUUCUAUGGAGAAUGGUCAGAUUUGAAUAUGCUCGGUGCAUGUCAUUGGCAACGAGGAAUGGUAGGACUGCGUCAGUGUUGAGAUCCCAUGGCUAUCUCGGAAUACAUUGUGCGGAAAAGAGAGGAACUCGCCCACAACUUCCCUCAGGCUUGGAAAUAUUAUCAGAGUAGAAAACGUGCGAGCUCAAGCAUAUUAUUUUCCUGCAUCAGGGGUGCUCAAAGCACUUUGGGUUGAGCACAGAGAAUAGUUGUGCCAUUUCUCUGAAGUCAGCAUAUCAAUUAUCAAACUGCCCCACAAAAACAUCAAGUAUGUAAUAGUAUACAUCAGCUUUAAAGCGCCUUCUGCUUUCCAGAAUUGGGUCGUCCUCUGUGUCCUCGUCAUGAAACCUCUUCCUCUUGCCCGCUCUCUACUCUGCAAACUCAGUUGUUGCGUUGUUUUUGUCGGGCCAAUCUCUUUCGCAGUGUUCUCCAUCUUGUCAUGGGCCUCAUCUGUGCGCAUCUGUCUGAUCUCAACCAUGCAGGCGUCAAUGAGAUCCACGCAGCGUUUACGUCAAAUCCUUUCGCAGAUCGUUAGAAAGGAUGUACGUCUUCUUUAGUAAACUGUUCCAAAAACCACCAACAUACAUUUUGACAGCAGGCCAUUGGCUUCAGAGGCAGACUUUGGUGUAGUGUGGUUCUGGUGCUUUAUUCAGUGCAGGGCUUCAGGGAUCUAGGUCAGGCUCUGUAUAACCGCUUCUGUGGCCUGGUUCCUGGAGGCCCACCUUGUGUCCAAUAGGCUCUUUAGGGUGAGAACGGCUCUCUCCAGCUGCAUGUUUUCCUGUUCCAACUGAAGUAUUUUAAACCUUGGGAGGCUAGAAGCAGUAUGUCUACAGGGUCUCCAAUGUGCCACAAAAAACUAGGUGGAACACAGGAUGCAAUUAACUUUUCUUAUUCUGUCGCUCCUCACGUUUUAGCUCACCUGACUUAUAUACUUUCUAUCAAUUUUGCGCCUGAAUGUAACUGAAUGUAAAUUAGCAACAGACAUGGUAGGAUACACGUCAAUCAAAUAUGACAGGCCCCCCCACACCAGUAGCCAACCAGCAGCAGCUGUAAGUCCCAGGGGGCCCCUCAAGGGCGUAUAGUGACAGACAAAGCUGUACAGUGCUUUAUAAAAUAAGCAACACCAGCUCAGACCAAUUCCAGGAUUUAAUUAAAUCAUGUAAAAUAUCAUAUUAUAUAUCAAUUUCGCCAUUGUUUUAUAGUGUUAAAUAAUGUUUCCCUCUGGUUUGUUGGGACAUCACCCCCCCCCCCCCCCCCCCCCCCCCCCCCCAGCUCCGCUUCUGUAGCUAGCUAACUAGUGAUCUAGUGCACAUUAUGAUACCUAAAAAAAAUAUUUUUCUUCAAGCACAAAACUCGUUAGCUAGAUGUAAAAUAUGUACAGACUUCUAUAAUGCAGCUUUAUUGUUUUAGUUAGAACAAUGAUGACAGGGGGGUGGAUUACACCGGGAGAAGAGCCCUCUGUUUUCCUGCUGUUGUCACUCCUGUUCGGCUCCCUCACGUGGAGGUUCAUGCUCUCCGAUUGGAUCAAAGGUCAAGUUGUCGACCACUGUCGAGCAUUGCUAUUCUACAAGUAGAAACGGCAGGUUCGUCGGUACCAGGUCGGUACGCAGCAGGUACGUCUUUUGUUCUAGCGAGAGGUAACGACCUCCCACUGUGAUAAGUACCUAUCAGCAGUCAGAUUCUCGGUGUGUUUCAUGCUUAAGGCUUUAAUACUUCACCAGCUGUAACUUAUUGUCCUCAUCAUCAGGUGGUUUGUAAGAAUGUUAUGUUGGAAUGCAGCAGUAGAAAGAACAGCCUCCUCCUGAACUAACCUAUCGGCCAUCAGACUUCUCUGUGUGUCUGACCUCUUAGAGAGAAAACAGACACUAUUACAACCAAUGUCUGGUGUGCUUCUGCUAAUCUCAGGUCAUCAUUGUAAAUACGAAUUUGUUCUUAUCUGACUAGCCUGUUUCAAUAAAGGUUAGAUAAAAUAAAAGUCUAACCAUGGUUUGUUCCCCAACCCACCCCUCUCUGUCCACCUGUCCUCCCCAGACAUCGUAGCGACCCAUUACCACCCGUGGGGUUUCCUGCCGUUGUCCCAGAGGCCCUGCCAGCCUCUAUUCGAGGAGUUCCUUCUCCUCCUGCAGCCUCUAUCCCUGUUGCCCUUUGACCUUGACCUGCUCUUUGAGCCCCGAUUGGUCCAGAAGGGCCAGGAACACCUUAGACGCAAGGAGCAGCUCUGCUCCUCCUCCACCGGUGAGGACCUGGACCAAUCAGCACGCUCCACCUUCCAGCUGAUGAGGGAGUGGAGCACAGAGUCACGGAGGGCAGCGUCUACGAGAGAAGGGGCGGAGGAUAAAAGGGAAGGGGCGGGGCUGAGACGAGAGGGAACAUGGUCUAGGAUGGAAGGGGUUGGAGAGAGAGGGAGUAGAGAAGGGAUGAUGCAGAGGACAGGGUCGAGGAGAGAGGGGGCAGGGAUGGAUCAUUUAGGAGCAGGGCUUUUAGAAGCACAGCCAAUGUCGACGGAAGUAGGGACAGGGUUUGCCAAUCUGUGGAGGGAGAGUGGGAGGGGGAGGGGCAUGGUAAAGAGAGCGAAGGGGGUGGGAGGAGAGAGCCAGACGGAAGGGGAAAGGGAGGGAGGGAAGGAGGAGAGGAGGAAGGAGAGAGGGAGGGAUUGGGCGGAGGAGGGUCGUCAGCGGCAGGAGCGUGAUCGCCAGGCGGGCUGGUGGUACCAGCUCAUGCAGAGCUCCCAGGUCUACAUCGACCAAUCAGCUCAGGGCGGCUCAAAGUUCGUCAAGAGCGAGAAGAGGAAGAAGUCUGCGGAGAGGCGGAGCCAGCUCCCUCCCCCCAGGGAGGGCGUGGUGGAAGGGGCGGAGUCUAGCCAGGAAGAGGAGGGUCUCAGAGAGAGGGGGAUAAGCAGGAAGAGCAGCUCCAGCUCCAGUGGUGAGUGGACAGGGUCCAGGGGAAGAGGAAGACUCUCCUGGAUGGGGAGUCCCCCAGAGUCGCUGCUCACCCAGGACAAGGAGAACGAGAAGGAACCAGGGCCCUCAGUGUCCCAGCUAGCGGCCCAGGCUCAAUGUCCCUCCCAGGGCCAGGGCAUGCGUUGGGGAAGGCUGUUUGGGUCCAGUGUAGGUGGUGGUGGCUCCCCCUCCAGGCCAGAGCAGAGAUCAGUCAAAAGCCAGAGCAGGUGAGUGAAUUGAAGUGAAAUGAUGUAAAUUGGUACAGAUGCUACAGUAAUAAUUUACUCUUUAUUUUACAGAGCUUUUCAGCAUUUGCUGGGUAUUAACUGAGACAAUAUUUUAGGACAGUUACUUCAAAGAAUACAAUAAAUUAUUUGACACACAAGUUAGCAAGGAAUUUUCCAUAUUGAUUUGGCUAUGCUUUGUUUGUCCCUCGCAGGCUGCCGUCCGGCUGGCUGACAGGUCUGGACAUGUCCAUGCUGGACCUCGUAGCUCAGACGGUGGGGGCGGGGACAGUUAAAAGGGUGGAGCCUUCAGCUCCUACGGCCCCUCACACUCUGAACCAACCCUCUCCACAUCUUCAGACAACACAGGAGAGCCACACCAAACAGCCCUGGUAAGGUCGUACUUAAUUUGUUUUUUUAUUCAACCAAUAUUUCACCAAGACUGGUCAAGAGACCAAAAACAAUACAGGAUACAAAUAAAAAAUACAGGAUCAAGCUACAUAUACAAAAAAACAAUGGCACAUAUCUUUCUUCCUUCCCCCUCCCCACUCCAGUGAAGUGCGUGCCCUGUGCCACCACAUAGCCACAGAGUCUGACCAGCUGAGUUUCCAGAAAGGGGACGUACUGAGGGUCCUGAGCCGGGCCGACUCCGACUGGCUCCUCUGCUCCCUGGGGGCCCAGCGGGGCCUGGUGCCUUUCAUCUAUGUUACCCUGAGGGGCCUGGAGGACAAC